GCUGGAACAGAUAAAUAGGCAGUGGAGAACACAGCAACAGAUCGCAGCAAGCUGUGCAGAGCUCACCUCUCCUGCCCAGAGCACCACCAUCUGCAGCCCCUCCUCUGCCUGACUCAGUGACACAAUGCAGCGGCUUCAUCUUCUUUGCCUUAGUCUCCUGGUGCAGAGAUGCAUCCUGAAUGUGUACGCUGGCAACAACGUCCUCGACUGCUGCCUGCGGACCAGCGAGAAGCCCAUCCCCCGGCGGAUAGUGCAGGACUACCGGAUGCAGCUGGUACAGGAUGGCUGCGACAUCCCUGCCACCGUGUUCAUCACCGCGAGGGGCAAGCGGCUCUGUGCCCCACCCCAAGCUCCGUGGGUGCUGCGCCUCCGGGAGAAGCUGGAUGCCAGCUCUGCUGGGAAGGUCCCAAAUCAAGGCAAUUAAGCAAUGCAGAAACAUGUGCCCAGCCCCAGCAACCAGAGCAGGGCUGACUCUCAGCUGUGAAUCUGAAGCUUGUGAAGCCAUGAAGACACCCCUGCUUCUAUGCCCUGCUGUGGUGCACAGGACCAACCCUCCUUGGGACUGGUGUCAGUGCACAGUGUUGGGCACAGCUCUUCUGUUCUCUCUUCUCCCUUCUGCCACUGUUGUGACCGAGAAAUCUGCAUCUGGCCAAGCCAGGGGCUGCUUGACAGGAGUCUUGGCCUCGAGGGUUCUCAGCAUCACCCCUGCCACUAUUGAGGCUGAGGAGUUGAUUUGAAGGACUGAUCUGCAAAUGAGUUUGUUGGGAUCUCAGCCUUCCUGUGAUCUCAUUUCCAUCACUGGUCUGUUCUCUUGAGUUUCCAACAUCAGCCUCGAGCCUGAGCCCUUCUAUAUCCCUGGGAAGAGCUGCUCAGUAAAGACUGCACAGGGAUGAAUGGGAGAGAUGGGGAUGUCCAUUGCCACCAUGCUGAUUCCAUGUUGUCCUCAGGGAACAGGUGGCACAGUUUCUCACUUGAGCCCUGACUCCCUUGCAGCUUUCUCCCAGUGCACUUUCCUGACAAGUGGAAUGGAGCCAGGGCUGGCAUCUGGGACAGCCAGGCAAAGGUGCGCUGGGGGAGAUGUCCCGUCCUGGCACUGCUGGGUGCUGUGGCACAACUGGUAUCCACCUGGCCAUGGCCUGGCCUGCAGGCUGCCAGUGGUGAUGGGUAUCACUCAGGGAUAUUGCCAUCCUUCUUGGUCCCUGAGUCUGCCACCAUCAUCAAAGAUUGCUCUUGGCAAUGAUGCAGGAGCAGUAUUCACAACGUUGCUCAGGUAUUUGCUGCUAGGUCUAUUCAGUGCAAUAAUUACAGGCAUUAGCUGCUUCCUUCCUUCCUUUCUUCUUAAAAAAAAAAAAAAAAAAAAAAGCUGUGAUUUUGU